CUUAUAGGCUCUGAUAAUAUUGAUAGUUCCAUUACUUGGUACCUUUUAUACAUUGGGUGUUCACCUAUUUGGAUCAAAUUCUAUUUUCAACCCAAAAUCAUCCUUAAAAACUCGAAUUAAUUAGGUCAAUAUUACCUCCAAACCAAUGUUAUUUGUUUUUGGGUCUAAUAGACACGUCAAAGACUCUUCGAUAUUUCAACGGCCUAACAUUUUUUGACACCCUAAAGCCCUAAUUUUCUACUCCGUUAAACCCCUCAACAGUCUUCUCAUUUCCGCUUCGCCGCCGCCCAAAAAGCCCAGUUUCUCUCCUCUCAAAUUCCGAACCCUAAACAUGCCGCCGAAGUUCGACCCAACCCAAGUCGUCGACGUAUUCGUGCGAGUCACCGGCGGUGAAGUCGGAGCAGCCAGUUCACUCGCACCCAAAAUCGGUCCUUUGGGUCUCUCCCCCAAGAAAAUUGGUGAAGACAUCGCUAAGGAAACCGCCAAGGAAUGGAAGGGCUUACGCGUCACCGUCAAGCUUACUGUCCAGAACCGGCAAGCUAAAGUCACUGUAGUCCCAUCCGCCGCCGCUCUGGUCAUCAAGGCGUUGAAAGAGCCUGAAAGGGAUCGUAAGAAGACGAAGAAUAUUAAGCAUAAUGGCAAUAUUAGCCUUGAUGAUGUGAUCGAGAUCGCGAAAGUCAUGAAGCCUAGAUCCAUGGCUAAGGACCUGAGAGGAACCGUGAAGGAGAUUUUGGGAACUUGUGUUUCCGUUGGGUGUACGGUUGAUGGGAAAGAUCCCAAAGAUCUGCAGCAGGAGAUCUCUGAUGGGGAAAUUGAUGUUCCCUUGGAGUAAAACCAAAUGAAAGAAACUGGGUUUUUCUCUUUUGCUUUACUUAAUUGUUUUCUUUUCAAAAGUUUGUGUUUUAUAAGUUUUUUAGGUAGUUGUUAAAAAGAUGAUAAUGAUUAAGUUUCCUGGGGGUUUAAUGAUUAAGAAAAUUGUCGAGCUGGUGAGCUUAUGUUCUGAAUUUUGCUUAUUGUGGAACUUUAUACUUGGAUGAAAAUUUCAAUUUUGAUGAAUGCAUUUUUCAA